GAUUCUACAGCCUAAGUAGUGCACUAUGCGAUCAAUAUUGCGGUAUUUGCGACGCAGCCGUUCACUGGGUUUCCGCCGGACUGCAUGAGCGCGUUUGAGUUGUGCAGUUGCUGUGUUGUUGUGUAGGCCAUGGCGAACAGAACAGUUAAAGAUGCGAACAGCAUACACGGAACUAAUCCGCAAUAUCUUGUGGAGAAAAUUAUUCGGACGCGAAUCUACGAGUCUAAAUACUGGAAAGAAGAAUGUUUCGGGCUCACAGCCGAGCUGGUUGUGGACAAGGCGAUGGAGCUGAAAUACAUCGGCGGUGUGUACGGAGGCAACAUCAAACCCACGCCGUUCUUAUGUCUCACUCUGAAGAUGCUCCAGAUUCAGCCGGAAAAAGACAUCAUUGUAGAAUUCAUCAAGAACGAAGAUUUCAAAUAUGUCCGCCUGCUUGGAGCCAUGUAUAUGCGCCUGACGGGCACCUCGGUGGACUGCUAUAAGUAUCUGGAACCGUUGUACAAUGACUACAGAAAGAUUAAAAGCCAGAACAGAAAUGGAGAGUUUGAACUGAUGCACGUGGACGAGUUCAUUGAUGAGCUGCUUCAUGCCGAGCGCGUGUGUGACAUCAUCCUCCCAAGGCUUCAGAAGAGGCAGGUUCUAGAGGAGGCUGAGCUGCUCGAUCCACGUAUCAGUGCCCUGGAAGAAGACCUGGAUGAGGUGGAGUCCAGUGAAGAAGAAGAAGAGGAGGAGGAGGAGAAGCCGGAGCGAGUGCAGGCGCCAGAGCCACACAGACGGAGUUACAGAGAUUUAGAUAGACCACGCAGAUCUCCAUCUCCUCGCUACAGACGAAGCCGCUCGCCUAGAAGACGAAGCAGAUCACCGAAGAGACGAAGUCCUUCUCCCAGACGGGAGCGAGAGCGCGAUCGCCACCGCAGUAAGAGUCCACGCAGACACCGCAGCAGAUCCAGAGACAGGAGGCACCGCUCCAGAUCUCCAGGUCAUCACAGAAGCCACAGGCACCGCAGUCACUCUAAAUCACCAGAGAGUCGCUCAAAGAAGAGUCACAAGUCGAAGAGGAAAUGAAUGUCACAGGAGUUUUUUGUUUUGUUUUGUUUUUUUAAUAAAAUUCACUUUUAUUAUUGCUUCUGUCAGUAAUGUAAAAAUCCAUGUUGUGAAUUUUCUUAUUCGCUCAUUAAAUCCACAAAUGUUUUUGAUGCUAUCUGACCUUUUACUUGAUUCCUUUUUACUUUUAUUCUCCUCAAACAAUUUUAUUCUGUUCUAGCAGUCCAGUGUUUAUCAGGUUUAUCUGAUAACCUGGCAGUUAUGAAUCAGCUUAAAUAAGCCAUUGUUCAUGUUGUUCAUCAGUUACUUCAUAUUACAUUAAAGUAGCAAAAACAGUGUUUUAAAAAAAUUACAAAUAAAUCGUUUUUUUUUUUUUAAGUACCACUUGUAAUUUAUAAUGCCCUCUGCUGCCUGCAAGAUGAAUUGCAAUUGAAUUGAACAGAUUAAAAACUCUUGCCUGCCCCCACAA